AGACCCCAGUAGUUGUUCCACACAGGAGGCUGAGUGCCUCAACUCUGACACCAAAGACCGAGGCAUUCCUGGGGAGCCCCUGGCUCUGAGUCCACGUCGGAAGCCCGGAAACUCUGGUUCUAACAUCAGUCAAGGAAUAAGGUGCAGCGGCAACCACAGGAUGAACUGACUCGGUGCUAAGUGGGAGACCCCACCAAAAGGCCAAUCAUCCUCCUUCCGCCGGCCUUGACUGGGCGGCUCCCAGAAGGUUCUGGCUAUUACAAAUAAUGCUGCUGUGAGAGACUACUGGAAUCGGGAACACUUUGGGUUCAGGAGUGCGACUGCUUGCCCAGCUGCUCUGAGAAUGGGGAACUCAAGUUGCCUUUAGGAAUGGCUGCAAAGCCCACACCUGGAAAUCCCCCCUCCCUGGCCCUCCACGGCAGGCAGGUUGCGUUUGGGAGACUCUACGGUCAUUAGAGGAAGGAGCCAGGAGUGAGCCGUUCACCAGCUCGUCAGCACUUGGUAGAGAGCAGCAGGAUGGACGUGGUCGACAGCCUCCUUAUGAAUGGGAGCAACAUUACUCCCCCCUGUGAACUCGGCCUGGAAAAUGAGACUCUUUUCUGCCUGGAUCAACCUCAACCUUCAAAAGAGUGGCAGCCUGCAGUGCAGAUCCUCCUGUACUCCUUCAUAUUCCUCCUCAGCGUGCUGGGGAACACGCUGGUCAUCACGGUGCUGAUUCGGAACAAGAGGAUGCGGACCGUCACCAACAUCUUCCUGCUGUCCCUGGCUGUCAGUGACCUCAUGCUCUGUCUCUUCUGCAUGCCAUUCAACCUCAUCCCCAACUUGCUCAAGGAUUUCAUCUUCGGAAGUGCUGUGUGCAAGACCACCACCUACUUCAUGGGCACGUCCGUGAGUGUUUCCACCUUCAACCUGGUGGCCAUCUCUCUGGAGAGAUACGGCGCCAUCUGCAGACCCUUACAGUCCCGAGUCUGGCAAACCAAGUCCCACGCUUUGAAGGUCAUCGCUGCCACCUGGUGCCUGUCCUUCACCAUCAUGACUCCGUACCCCAUUUACAGCAACUUGGUGCCUUUUACUAAAAAUAACAACCAGACGGCAAACAUGUGCCGCUUCCUGUUGCCAAGCGAUGCUAUGCAGCAGUCUUGGCAAACAUUCCUGCUACUCAUCCUCUUCCUCAUCCCUGGGAUUGUGAUGGUGGUGGCCUAUGGAUUGAUCUCUCUGGAACUCUACCAAGGAAUAAAAUUUGAUGCUAGCCAGAAGAAAUCUGCUAAAGAGAGGAAGCUGAGCAGUGGCGGCAGCAGUCGAUACGAGGACAGUGAUGGAUGUUACUUGCAGCAGUCCAGGCACCCGAGGAAGCUGGAGCUUCAGCAGCUGUCCACCAGCAGCCGUGGCAACAGAGUCAACCGCAUCAGGAGCAGCAGUUCCGCCGCCAACCUGAUAGCCAAGAAGCGGGUGAUCCGCAUGCUCAUUGUCAUCGUGGUCCUCUUCUUCCUGUGCUGGAUGCCCAUCUUCAGUGCCAAUGCCUGGCGGGCAUACGACACCGUUUCUGCCGAGAAACACCUCUCAGGGACCCCCAUCUCCUUCAUCCUCCUGCUCUCCUACACAUCCUCCUGUGUUAACCCCAUCAUCUACUGCUUCAUGAACAAACGAUUUCGCUUGGGCUUCAUGGCCACCUUCCCUUGUUGCCCCAAUCCUGGUCCUCCAGGGGUGAGAGGAGAGGUGGGAGAGGAGGAAGAUGGGAGGACCAUAAGGGCAUCACUGUCCAGGUAUUCCUACAGCCACAUGAGCACCUCGGCUCCACCCCCCUGAGCUAUUACACUUGGCCCACCGCUGCCGCAAGAAGGAAGGGACCAGGGAGCAAGGAGGAAAUGGAAAAGGAGGAAGAGGAAGCUGGAGUAAAGGAGAAGAAAGACCUGUUUCUCA